UGAGUAACGGAGUCAUUAUCUACUUAUCAACAUUGAAUCGAGAAGUGAUGAUGAUGGUUAGGCCUCUCUUGGGCCCAAAUCAAAAUUCCUUAGCCACCACUUAUAAGCAAAUAAGAAGCAACCAUGAAGCUUCUCUCUACAUUAUAGGAAGCUCACCAAGAAAAACCCCUCCCACUGAGCUCUCACUAUCACACACACUUAUAUAGCAAACAUCAAUGGAUGCUCAGUUGAUGAUCAUGGCUGAUGAUCACAGCUACCCCAUCAAGCCCGGCUCGUCUCUCGGCCAGGCCCACGAACCGGGCUUCGAGGUUUCAGAUUUCUUUGAGUUCAACGACUGGAUUGAGGAGGCCCCGUCGUUCUCUUCUCCUCUCUCCGCUGCUUCGUAUGAUUCUCAGAAUCCGAGCUAUACGCCUAAUGCCGGCUCGAGUUGGAGCAGCAGCAGCAGCAGCAGCAGUUUUCUUGAAGGGGCCAUCACUAUGUUAUCAGGAGACAGUGGCUGUGGGAGAGAGAAGGAGAAAGUUGCUUUCAAGACCAAGUCUGAAGUUGAGGUUCUUGAUGAUGGUUUCAAAUGGAGAAAGUAUGGGAAGAAGAUGGUGAAAAACAGCCCAAAUCCUAGGAACUACUAUAGAUGUUCAGUAGAAGGAUGCCCUGUGAAGAAGAGAGUAGAGAGAGACAACGAGGAUCCACUCUAUGUUGUGACAACCUAUGAAGGCAUUCACAACCACAAAGGUCCUCAUCAAGUGUGAUUUUCAGACAUGGAAAAUCUUCACACAAAAAAAAUCUAUAUCUGUACUAUGUAGUAAGUAGUUUAGACGGCCCCGGCUAAUUUUAGGAGACGACGGGAGCUCUCAGAGUUUACCUGAGUUCGUAGAUGAUGGUGGGGCGCUCUGACCAUGUAUGAUCAACAAACCUUCAGUAUUUUGGCUGUUAGAAGAAGUUCAUUUUGUAUGAUGAACACAUUAGAUUUUUUCUUGCAUUUGAUAUGAAUAAACUCAAGUUGAAAUCA